ACUGUAUUAUGUUUAUGUAAUCCUAAAAUGGUCAAUAAGAUAAAUGGCAGACCGCGAAAAACAAUGGCAUAUGUAUUGUUAACUAAAUGUAAUUAUGUAAUAGGGUAAGACAUUAGAAUACAAGUAUGUAGGGUAGAAUUAGAGCAUUGUCAAUAAUGCAUUUUGGAGUUUUGAAUAAUGUCAGGUCAGCAUGUCACGAUAGGGCUAAUGAACACUCGGAUUGAAUACGGUAGAAUGUGCCAAAAAAAAAAUUUAAACGAGAUUCUCAGUUUGAUUAAUAAGUUGUAAAUUGUAAUGCAGUAAGACGGAAAGAAUUUGGGAAAUUGGAAGAUUGAAGAUUACACAACCAGGAAGUGAUAUGCCAAAGGGAAAGGUUCAUAUUUCAGAUGCCUGUGCUGUGUGUGUGUGCAAAGCAUAUGACUCCACCUCAAAAUUUUAAGGCUAUGACUCAAAUCCCAAAGAAGCUUCUCCACCCUUCUCAUAGUGCUUUUCGGAGUUACAAGAGAUUAAGUGGACAAUCUAAGGGAACUAAAUUAACAUGGAUUCCAGCACAGCGUGCUCAACAACCGGGAUCACUAGAUUGUGGCUACUACGUCAUGCGUUUUAUGUACGACAUAAUAAUGAAUCAUGGUAAUAGUCAAGAUCUUACUAAGGAAGAACAUUGCCUUAUUCACCGGAGGAGAUUAAUGUUGUGAAAGAUUUUUGGGCAGAUUACUUCAUGAACAAUGUCGAAUUUUAGCUUAAUUUGUAAUAUGAACUCG